AUGGUUGGCCUCACGUCAGCUUCUGGCCUCGUCGGCUUCCUGUCCGAGCCAGACCCAGAGCUCAGAGUGUUUGCUUUGAAGACACUCGAUGCUGAAGUCGAUGUGCUAUGGACUGAUAUUGUCGACGCAAUUCCUCAAAUAGAGGCGUUAUACGAAGACGAAACCUUCCCCGAGCGCGAACUUGCAGCUUUGGUAGCAUCGAAAGUCUACUAUCACCUACAAGAAUACAAUGAGAGCAUGGUAUUUGCUUUAGGCGCUGGAAAAUUAUUGAACUUGGAUAAGGGUGGCGAAUUCGAGCAGACGAUUAUCUCCAAAUGCAUCGACACCUUCAUUUCAUUGUCUGCUAGCCGCCGUCCUUCAGUUGGCGAUGCUCCGUUGUCUCUCAACACAUCCUUCCCUUCAUCGAACGGCGCCACAAACACAUCUGCUAGCCUCGCAUCUCCUAUUACCCCAUUUUCACAAUCGGCCCUCCCUUCGAAAUCUCUUUUGUCCCGUGCGGAGGAACCAAGCGCAGAUGCUGCCUAUCCAGGUGGAGAAGAUAGCGCUGCCAAAUAUGAAGAGACUUCCUUGGUUGUGCGAAGAGGUGUUCAGAAGCAAUUACAAGCUGUCAUUGAGCGAUUAUUCGAACAGUGUUUCCGCCAACAGCGAUAUCGUCAGGUUGUCGGAAUUGCGAUUGAAGCAAAGAAUCUGGACGUCCUACGGACGGCUAUCCUUCGUUGCAGUGAAUCCGAGAAACAACAAUAUGGGGAAGCAUCCAAACAUGGCGAGGAGUUAAUCGAAUACGUACUGGAUAUCUGCAUGAGUGUGAUUCAGGAGCGAAGUUUUCGCAAUGAGAUCUUGAAACUCAUUUUGGAGCUUCUCAAUCAAAUUCCGUCUCCGGACUAUUUCGCUAUCGCCAAAUGCGUUGUAUACCUCGACGAGCACUCCAUGGCCACCGAAAUACUCCGACAACUCGUAGACAAGAACGAAACUAAGGCCCGGACGAUCGCUUAUCAAAUUUCAUUUGAUCUCUACGAUAAUAGCACCCAGGAGUUUUUGAAGAAAGUUAUUGCAGAAAUUGAGGAGCUUCUUCCAGAGCAAACCUCGGAAGAAUCAAAGGCAGAUGGCGAGGGGGCCACAGAGUCAGACUCCCUGCUACAAAAUCAAUCUUCUUCCAAGAACGAAUUGUCAGAGGAGGCUCUUUCAGCUUUUACCAAUAUACGCGACAUCUUACAGGGUGUCAAGACCAUCCAGCUCAAUCUUGAGUUCCUCUAUCGUAGCAACAAGGCUGAUGUCUCUAUUCUUAACAAAGUGCGGGAUAGCCUCGAAGCUAGAAACUCGAUUUUCCACAAUGCUGUCACUUUCUCCAAUGCAUUUAUGCAUGCCGGAACAACACAUGAUAAGUUCUUCCGCGACAAUCUGGAGUGGCUCGGAAAAGCUGUCAACUGGUCAAAAUUCACGGCAACUGCUGCACUGGGUGUGAUUCACAAAGGGAAUUUGUCCGAAGGUCGCAAGCUUCUCGCUCCAUACCUUCCUCGCGAACAUAUCUCUGGAGUGGGUAGCACGGGGUCUGUUUACAGCCAGGGUGGCUCGCUUUAUGCAUAUGGUUUGAUAUACGCUAAUCACGGUGGUGCUGCUGUUGAGCUUAUCCGUGACCAUUUCAAGAAGGCGACAGAGGAGGUUGUUCAGCAUGGAGGUGCUCUUGGUCUUGGUGUUGCAGGUAUGGCAACCGGAGAUGAGGGUAUUUGGGAGGAUCUCAAGUCUGUUCUCUACACUGACUCUGCUGUGAACGGUGAGGCUGUCGGCUUGGCUAUGGGUCUGGUUAUGCUGGGAACUGGUAAUAUGAAACUUCUGGAGGAGAUGAUCCAAUACGCACAUGAGACUCAGCACGAGAAGAUUGUGCGAGGUCUUGCAUUGGGUAUGGCUUUGAUCAUGUACGGCCGGCAAGAGGCAGCCGAUGAAUUGAUCAAUGGCUUACUCGGUGAUCCUGAUCCCUAUCUCCGGUACGGAGGUAUCAUGACUGUCGCUCUGGCAUACUGUGGCUCCGGCAGCAACAAAGCUGUCCGCAAACUUCUCCACGUCGCAGUUAGCGACGUCAACGAUGACGUUCGUCGAGUGGCAGUCAUGAGCUUGGGCUUUAUUCUGUUCCGCAAGCACCAGAGCGUACCUCGUAUGGUUGAAUUGUUGUCUGAAUCAUACAACCCGCACGUUCGUUAUGGUGCUGCAAUGGCUUUGGGUAUUUCGUGUGCCGGCACCGGUCUUGACGAAGCUAUUGAUCUCUUGGAGCCUAUGCUCAAGGAUCCUACAGAUUUUGUAAGGCAGGGUGCUCUCAUCUCACUUGCCAUGGUGCUCGUUCAACAGAACGAAACGAUGAACCCUAAGGUAGGAAGCAUUCGCAAGAUGAUGAAUAAGGUAAUCACGGAUCGUCAUGAAGAUGCUAUGGCGAAAUUUGGUUGUGCUAUUGCUCUGGGUAUUAUAGAUGCAGGCGGUCGCAACUGCACCAUCAGCCUACAAACACAGACCGGUAAUCUCAACAUGCCUGGUAUUGUCGGUGCUGCUGUCUUCACGCAGUACUGGUAUUGGUUCCCUCUUGCACACUUCCUUUCUUUGAGCUUCACGCCCACUGCAGUCAUCGGCGUUGAUCAGAAACUUGAGGUUCCCGUAUUCUCCUUCCAUAGUAACACACGGCCCAGCCUCUUCGACUACCCUCCUGAACAGCAAGUGAAAGCUGAUGAAGCCCCUGAGAAAGUAAAAACGGCAGUACUUUCUACGACCAAUCAAGCCAAGCGACGCGCGCAACGGCGGGAAAAGCAACAGAGGCGAGAGAGCAUGGACGUCGAUCAAACUCCGACUACACCGAAGGUGUCUGGUCAGCUUCCAGAGAAGAUGGAGACAGACGAGGCUAAGGAAGGUGAGGAAGCUAAGGAGGCUAAGGAGGCUAAGGAGGAAGCCGCAGCAGAAGGUCAAAAGAAGAAGGCGGAGAAGGAAAAGAUUGGGUACGAGCUGGAGAACAUGUCGCGUGUGCUCCCCGCUCAGUUGAAAUACUUGAGUUUCCCCGACCCUCGAUACGAACCUGUCAAGCGGCCUACCGGAGGAGUGGUUGUUGUUCUUGACAAGAAGCCAGAUGAACCACGAGAGACUAUCGAAUUGCGAGCCACCACCGAGCUUCGGCAGGCCGCUUUCUCCGAUGCUAUGCAAUAUUUGGCAGACCGUAUACAGGCCCAAGGUGGAACCGGUGCUGCCUUGGAGACACCACAGCGAGGCGGAGCAGGCGGUGGUGCAAUCGGAGCUGCAUUGGCGGCGGGUGUACUCACUGCUGUUGAUGAAGAUGAAGAAGGUGCAGAGGACGCCCCUGUUCCCGAUGAGUUUGGCUACGAGACGGAUAAUAUGGAGGAAUAGAGUGGAGGAUACAGGCUGAAUUAAAGUAGACGACUUUCACAGCUAUGCGAUGGAGCUAGUUGCAUAUGUCUCUGCAUGUAUCACUACUUUUAUUAUAAA